GCGGAAGACCCGGCCCGGCGGAGGUUCCCGCUUUGGAGCGUGGGAGGCGGAAGAGGCGGCAGGUUGUAGAUUUCGGUCUUGGCCCCAAGGGGUUUCCCCGGGCCAUUAGACCCCAAGAGAGGAAGAGGAGGCACUGCAGCGGCAGCUGACGGGCUGGACCCCCCACCUGUCCUCCAGGCGGGGAGGGGGGCAGGGAGGGAACCACUGAUCGCAGGGCUGAGGAGCCUCCGGGACCGGGUCCCGGAGCAUGGGGGCUGGACCAGGGCCCCAAGCAUGGAGAGCUGGAGCCGCCGAGGCCGUCUGGCCGGGCCCUUCCGGAUUGUCAGCUCCUCCGUGCUAGCGCUGCCCGGGCAGCCGCGGCGUCUGUAGCCCGGCCCCGCUUAAGGUCGUUGGCCGAAAGAUAGCAGCAUGAGUUCCGCCGCUGCCUAGUUUCCUUCCCCUCCUUCUCUUCUCCCUCUGUCCUCCUUCUCCUUCCUCUCUCCUCUUCCCCAUACCUCGUCCUUCUUUCCCUCCCCCGUGCUCCUCUUUUCCCUCCACCUUGCCCUCUUCCUUCCCCUCUGUCCUCCUUUCCCCCGUCUUUCUCUUUCUUGCCCCCUUCUGCCCUCCUCCUUUGACCCUCUCUGUACUCUUGCUUUUCCAUCUAUCCUUUUUCCCUCCCUCUUGCUUUUUUCCCUCCUCCCUUCAUCCCUGUCUUUCCUUCACCCUCUUCUUUUAUUCUGUCACCCUCCACCACAAGCUCUCGCUCCUCCUCCCCUUUCUCACUGUCAUCCUCUCUUCCUCAUCCUCAUCCUCCUUCCCUCCUCCUCUUCUUCCUCCUCUCCUGCUUUUCUCCGCCCCAGCCCCCGCCCCUAAGCCUCCGCCCCUUAGCCCCCGCCCCCAGCUGCCAGUCCCCAGCAGCCCAGUCCUGCAGUGAGAGUCUUGGGAGUCCAUAGCUAAGCACCAGGAGCCGAGCACUGUCCGCUGUGCCUGGCUGCAAGUUUCGACAUGGCUCAGGAGAAAAUGGAGCUGGACUUUGAGCCUGACACAUCUGAUGGGGCCACCCUGAGGAGAUCCAACAGCGCUCCCCUGAUCCAUGGGCUCAGUGACCUUUCACAGGUUUUUCAACCUUAUACGUUUAGAACUCGGAGGAAUAGUACAACGAUCAUGAGCCGUCACAACUUGGUAAGUAUAGAACUGCUGUCAUCCUCACCUAAUCGCGUUCCUAGCAGCAGACUACAUCAGAUCAAAAGGGAGGAAGGCAUGGAUAUGAUGAACAGAGAAACUGCACACGAAAGGGAAGUGCAAACAGCAAUGCAGAUAAGCCAGUCAUGGGAUGAGAGCUUGAGCCUGAGUGAUAGUGAUUUUGACAAGCCAGAGAAAUUGUAUUCUCCUAAAAGGAUUGACUUCACUCCAGUGUCUCCGGCGCCAUCACCCACCAGAGGAUUUGGAAAGCAAUGUUUUUCACCAUCCUUGCAAAUGUUCGUGAGCAGCAGUGGGCUGCCACCAAGUCCCGUUCCUAGUCCGAGACGCUUUUCCAGCAGGAGGAGUCAGAGUCCAGUCAAGUGCAUUAGGCCCAGUGUUCUUGGUCCUCUUAAAAGAAAAGGUGAAAUGGAGACCGAAAGCCAGCCUAAGAGGCUCUUCCAAGGCACUACCAAUAUGCUGUCUCCGGAGGCUGCGCAGUUGUCUGAUCUCAGUUCAUGUUCAGAUAUUUUGGAUGGCAGUAGUAGCAGCAGUGGCUUAUCCUCAGACUCACUGGCUAAAGGCAGCACAACCGCAGAGUCUCCAGUAGCAUGCUCCAAUUCAUGCUCUCCGUUCAUCUUGAUGGAUGAUCUCUCACCCAAGUGACUUACCUAUUUCUGAUUCAGUGUUUUAACUGCUGUUUCCUACAUAAAAUAUUCAGUGAGGAACGCAGAGAACUUUGAUCCAUAAUGAGGAUUAAAGUGUUACAGAUUGAAACCUCUUUGAUGCCGUUCUUUUUUGGCAUCUCUCUUCUCUAAAGUUCAAUUUUACGAGUGUAGUGACCUUACUUAUGUCUCUUUGCUGAUCUCAUUUUAGAUCUAGUGACUAAAUCUCAAAUACUCACUUUUGAUUGCUUAGAGAAUAUAUAUUUUUUUCUCAGUGCCUCAAAGAGCACCUAUUUUAGAGUCUAUAUGUUUAAGGAAAGCACUGAUAAUGUAUUUUCAAUAAUGGUUCUUUUUUCCAACAGUUGAUAUGACAGCUAGAGUUGAUCAGAAGUUCUCUUGCUUGAGAGAUUUUGUUUUUGCUCUCUGUUGACUACGUAGUUUCAAACCUCUUUAUUUCACAGUAAUAGAUGAAUUGCUUUCGAUUAUAUCAAAUUUUUAUUUUUCUGCAUCAGCUUAAAGUACAUUAUUUUGUUUCCCUUUCCUGUUUGAGCUGCUUACUUGCCAUUUCUCACAGAGGGGAAGAAAUAGUUGCUUUCAUUACUAUCCAUAUCGCUUCUUUGCUGUUGGAGUGUCUGACAUGAGGAUUGAUUUUAGUGCCGAGAAUGGAAAUGGACUUACAGGAUGCCUGGAUUAGUCACCACAGAUUCUUAUGACUCAGCUACCACAGUUGACAUUUUUCUCCCCAGACCUGUUGCCCUAAGGAAUAUAUAAAAUAUUGUUAAUGUUUCUAGGUGGUGUUAUCAAGGAGAAGAAAUUCCUGCCUUGACCAGAUGUGUGGAGCAUCUACAAAUGAAUGAAUAAUGUUAUUUACACACAAACCACUGUGUAGGAAAGCAUACAUGGAGCUUGACAGCUUGUCUUGGGUGGUACUGUGGGGCCUGAGGCGCCUUGGGGUAUAGUCAUAAAGAUCUGUACCAUGAUGUAGGAUAGACAAGGGGGCUCUAUGUGUGUGAUUGCCACAUACUGUUUCAAUUGCUGCUUUUUGCCAAUUACUUUUUGUCAUUGGAUGCGUUCGUUUUGUCAUGUGGUGAGUGGUGCCGCCGACUGUGUUUUGGUUACGUGUUGCCACCAGAAUCAGAAUCCAGUUCCUGUUCACGCUGCCUUAUAGUAAGGGCAGUUGAAUAUUUACGAGGAAGCUUUUAGGAGCUGAAAAAGUCAAUGUUAUUGUGCAUCCUGCUUUUUAAGAAGCUGUUUGAGCUGUGAACAGUGUACAUGAUAGUAAGUCUGAGGUACCAUAAGUUAUUUAACUUUUAAAAGAGGAAAAUCCUGACAGAGCUAUUUAAAAAACCUGAGUGUAAUCUAUUGUUGUGUUAUUUAUUAUUUAAAAGUGUGUAGAAAUGUCUGUUGUGAUAGAUUUUUUUAGUGUUCAGGCAUCAUGGUUGGCUUGUCUGUAUUUAAUAUAUGAAAUUUGCCUACUAGGAUCAUACUAUUCCAUUUUUAAAUGAAUGUAAGAAAAGAAAACUACUGCAUUUGUGUCUUUUGAAGGCAAAGAUCCUUGAAUGUUACAGGAAUAUGAUGUGCUGCGGGUACUCACAGGCUAGUAAUGCUGUGUGGCUUGAAGGGAAACCUAUUCUCUUUGAGUCAUGAGAGCGCUUUCCUUAGCUUGUUGUAAGUGGUUCUGUUACAGCAUCAGAUGUGUUGUUGGUUUUAAAUCGUCAUAACCGCCAUAAUGGCCAUUAAUGGCUUUAUUUCUUGUAUUGCUUUCACCUAUGCAAAGUCCAUAAUCUUUCAAACCUAACAGAAAUGUAUAUAUUAUGAAGAUCGUUCCCUAGUAUGCCACCGUAAAGAAAAAUUAUUUCGAUGGUAUUCAGUGUAUUUAUUCUGUUUGUGAAAGAACCAUGUUAAGAUGUUGCUGCCUAUGUCAUACUGAGAGAUGGUUUUAUCUUACAGGAUAUUUAUCCACCUUUGCUCUACUGUCUUCUUUGCCUUAAAGGGACACUUUUGGCCAUCCUUUUUUGGCUCUAAUUUAGGACUCUUUAAGAAAUAACCUUUGGAAUGUGAUGAUAUUUAAAUUUAUUUUUGAAAUUCAGUGGUGGGGUAGAAUUGGGACAGGAAAAUGAAAUUGUUCCAGUAGUAUGAGAACUAGGAGGCAAGAUGAUUCGCUUUAUUGUUUAAACCAAGGUUCAUUUUUGUUGUUUAAAUUGACUAGAAAGUUAAGUUUGUGCAGGAAUUGUUUUGAAAUAAAUAAAAGAUAGAGAUGCUAAUGUUCAGAUGAGCUUUGUUGACAGUACCACUUUAUUUUUAUAUAAAGUCUAAUAUUUGAAAAGUGAUCAUUGUUAUAAAUUAAAAUUCUCUCUUCCUAUUCUAAUAUUAUAUGAUAUGUCAGGCUUCUAUUUGGAAACAAGUACAAGAGACGAUAUGAUAAGAAAAUCCUAUAGAUGCUUUUUUUGCUUGACUGACUUAUAUAAUCACUGUGUUUCACGAUAAUUGCUUUUGGAAUAAUAGGAAGUUUUGUGAAAUGCUGACUUUGUGUAUAUCUUAGAAUGCAAAUUUAAUAAAGUGUGUACACAUGCAUAAAAUUC